AUGAAAAACUAGUAAUUUCUAGAAUACCGCUCUGUUUUGCUAAGGAAUUUUGAAUACCUCUUCCAGACAAAUAAUUUGUUCCAGGAUAUAUUCACGUUUUAUCAAACUGGCUCAAAACAAGUUUCAAGUUAUUCGAUACUUUGACACACUUUGUUCUUGGAAGAAGAACAGUAGUCAUAGGCAUUUCGUUCAUUGCUGUAUAUCUGUUUUUGGACCUACGCUGAGUCAAAUAGUUCCAUACAAAAAUUGUAAUAACAAGCUUUGAAACGUAGUUUUUUUUAAUGUAAACUCUUAUUUUAAGUAGAUUAAUCGAAUGAAAACAAUUGAACUAAAUUUUACAUAGUGUUUACAUUGAAUGAUCCAUAAAUGUUUUCUUAUCUGUCAAAUUUGUAGAGGCCAUCUCCAACCAUAGAAGGUGGUAGAGUGAAAAAUAGUAAUCAUUUGUAGUCUAUUUGUGUUCGUGAAUCUGCUCGCGACCAUACAUUCUUCAUGUUUAUUGUGUAUACUUGACAAGCGUGCUCAAAAUGAUUGUGUUUUAUUAAAGAAAUGUAAUGAUUUCAAUUUGUAAAGUAGUGUAAAUGUGAUCAAAUGAAUAUACCGUGAAAUUUAGUGGCCGAUUAGUUGACGGGAUAACCUUAAAUAAUUUUCUCUCAAGGACAUUAAUAUUUUAGCGUGAAAGUUUUAUUAGACUGCAUUGAAUAUUUGUCACAUAAUUCAAUAAUGGAAGCCAUCGCAAAACAUGAUUUCAAUGCAACAGCGGAAGAUGAAUUGAGCUUUAGGAAAAGUCAAAUCUUAAAGAUUUUAAACAUGGAAGACGAUAUGAAUUGGUACAGAGCUGAACUGGACGCUAAAGAAGGACUAAUACCCAGCAAUUAUAUAGAAAUGAAGAAUCACGAUUGGUAUUAUGGAAGAAUUACGAGGGCAGAUGCGGAAAAACUAUUGUCGAACAAGCAUGAAGGGGCGUUCCUAAUAAGAGUAAGCGAAAGUUCACCUGGUGACUUCUCAUUAUCCGUCAAAUGUUCUACCGAUGUACAGCAUUUCAAAGUUUUAAGAGACGCACAGGGCAAGUUCUUCCUUUGGGUGGUGAAAUUUAAUAGUCUGAACGAGUUAGUUGAAUACCAUAGGACGGCUUCCGUAUCACGCUCUCAAGAUGUCAAGCUAAGAGACAUGGUCCCUGAAGAGUGCUUAGUGCAGGCGCUGUACGACUUCCAGCCGCAGGAGCCAGGUGAGCUGGAGUUCAGACGGGGUGACGUGAUCACAGUGACUGACAGGAGCGACCAGCAUUGGUGGCAUGGCGAGAUAGGCGCGCGAAAGGGCCUCUUCCCCUCCACCUAUGUCACGCCCUACCACUCCUAGGCAGUCAUUCAUAGGAAAGUUUUGAAAGUUGGGCUUCCUUUGGUGCUGCGUUUUGAAUUAUUAUUAUUCUAUGUUGAUGUAUGUAAUCGAUUAUAUUAGAGCAAAAGUACCUAUUUUUAAACAAACAACAACGCCAGUGGAAUAUAUAUUAAUUUAUCUUCAAGACAAGUGAUAAUUUCAACUUUCACCUCCCAUUGAGAAGUGCAAAAGUGGUUGAAAACAUUGGAUAGAAUGAGUUAUUCAAAUUUGGCACACAAACAGAAUGUAGCUCAUUGGAUUAGGGUGGAUAGAGACUCGACUCCAUCACAGCAAACUAGAAAUUCGCCCAGAAACCCGGUGACACGACACGAACUGGUUUGCUGGUGGUAGCAAAUGAUGCAGCAGGGAAUCGAUGUCUAUGUCCAGGCUUCUAGACAAUUCUCUAGUUUUCUAGGAUAGAGUGAAGUUUCGCUUGUCCCUAUUCAGCCUAAUCGAAUGGGCAACAUUCGGUCCGUAGACCGAAUUCGAAAAACUCAUUCUAUCCAAUCUUUUCAACCAAUUCUGCACUUCGCAAUUAUUAUUAUAUUUAUAUAUUCCACUUAGACUUAUGUGAGCCCUUACUGUGGCUACAGGCUCUGACGAUCUUUGAGCUGUUCCAUAGGAAAUGGAUCUAGACACCAAUCGUUAGCUGAUCAAUUUUAAAAUUACAUUGUUCAACUUGGUUACUAAACUACAAUCUACCAUAAACUUUUCAAAUUUGCCAUUGUAAGUUUAAUUGAGAAACGAUUUCCAAUUUAAACUGCUGCUGGCGUUUAUUUAAGAAGUAUCAAUGUAUGUUUAUUCAGUUUUAAUAAAGUUUUUAUUUUAAUUUACGAUGUAUGUCAAAAAUGUUAUGUCUGAUUGUCAAUUACAAUAGGAAUCGUCUUUAUUUUUAGUUUGCUGCAAUUAAUUUAGUAAGAGUGUACGUACUAUAUUUAUUGUUAUUUAAAAUAUUUUACUUUGGAACAUCAUAGUAGAUAUUGUCAUGAUUCAAAAUAAUUUACAAGUAAGUUGUUUUGGUAAGGUAUGAUUACUUUUAUCAGCUCCAUUCUAUAAUACUCAUUUACAUUUGGCUGUAGACUAUAAAUAUGUAUUGUAAUAAUAUUGGUUAUUGUCUGGUGAUGAUUAUCAAUGUAAAUAUAAUUGUAAAAAGAUAAUAAUAUCAUCUCUGUUAGUGCUUUCAUUUCUGUACUAUCAUUAUAAUUAUUAAUAAUUACACCAUGAAACAAAUAAUUAUACGUAGAACCAUUAUUAUUAUUAUCAUUAUCGUCGUGAAUUAUGAUUAUAUUGCCAACAAUAAUUUAAUUACUUAAAAUUUUAACUAACAUAUAUGUUUAAGAUUACUAUUUUAGUUUGUUAUUAUUUUGUGUAAAAUUUAUAUUAUAUUACUGUAUGUAAGAAUUUAGUUUAUAAGUGCCAUCAAGAUAUUUUCCCAGAUCAAACUGGUGUUGAACCAGUAUACAUCUACAGCAUUUUGUUAUAAUAUAACAAUAUUUAUCAAUCGUGGAAAGUGUGUAGAGCAUUAAAAUUUGUGAAAAGUUUGAAAGUUUAUUCCAAUGUUCUGUGGGUCUGAAGAUUUGUAUAGUUAGCAAUUUUUGAGCCAUGAACAAACUGUUCUAUCACAAAUAAUGUGACGUAGACGAUUCAUAUUUUUGAUUGAUCCACUUUCAUUACUUCCCUUCCUAGUCGAGCUCGAUAAAAUUAUAUAUCAGUAUGUCAAUAACAUAUCAGAUGCCUUAGUGAAUGUUUCGUGUUCGCCUAUUUUUGCAUUUCAAAUGCCCAUGUGAAACUGUGUUGUCCCGCAUUUAUCAAAUAUGAAGCCGCCUAAGAUCUCUUCUCACUAGAUCUGACCUAUAGGUAAUGUACGACGAGAUAGCCCUUGGCUGGAAACUAAGAAACUAUCUUGUCGUGCGCCAACUAUAGCCAGGUUACUUUAUCUAUCUACCUUGAGGUUAAUCGAUAUUAUUAGAUACUAUUUAUUUCAACAAACUAUUAAUUAAGUUGCCUGUGUACGAUACUAUUCAACUUCCUUGAUAUUAAUUUUUGAACAGUAGGAGACUACUGUGAUAGGUUAAUCGAUUAUUCUAAAUGCAUUUAAACUGAAAAAACCUGUUCAAUACCAAUGUUUUGCAAUUAUUAUUUUAGUUCCUGAUUAUAAUGGGGUUAAACUGGGAUUUUGUUUCAAUGUGACUAUUUUAAAAUAGCUUCAGUUCAGAACUGAAGAACUGUACAUCUAUUUUUAAACUUCGAUAUUACUUUUAUUAGUCUGAUAUUACUCUGAUAUUACUUUUUUACUGUGCUUUAAAUGUUCAAGUUAUUUAUUCAUUGUUUCAAAACCAGUUUUUAUUUUAUUUUUAGUUUACAUUAUUUUUAUUGCAAAAGCACUGUGGACAAGCAGAACAACGAAACCAGUCCAGUGCUUCCAUAAAAUUACCGGUACAUGUCUAUUUUUUGUUUCUAUUUAUUUAUAAGCUAUUUAUUUUAUUUCACGUUAAAUUAAUACUGAUGUUCUUAAAUAUGUUGUCCUUUCUGUUGAAGAUAUUUGUUGUAAUUCAAUGAUUAAUAAUAGGCCUAUGCUAAUUUUUUUUAAAGAUAUUGAACUUUUUGAGGAGGAUCACUCCAUCUAUUGCUGGAAACAAAACCUAUUCUGCACAUUGGAAACUGAUUUUGUGAUUAAAUUCAGCAUUUAUUAAUUGAUUUCUCCUGUAUAAAUAAUAAUAUAGGUAUAUCUUGAAAUUAUAAGCUAUUGAUGUGCAUUUAUAAUAAUCAAUUACUCAAAUUUCUUGUAACCUAAGUGUAGGGUGUCAAAAAGAUUCCCUAUUUUUAUUUUUCAUCAUACUAAUGUGCAGAAUAGGUGCUUAAUGAGUAUUUCCAAGGAUAAUGACAAUAAAUAUUCGCGUCUUGUAAUUAUAAAUUGUGUAAAACACCAAUUUUUCAAGUUCUCUAAAAUUAUGCUUGAUUUAUUUGACAUUUCAGAUUAACAUGCGUUAUUGUAUAGUUAUAGUAGCGUCUGAUUUUAUCACCUUCCGUCUUAUAUUAAGGAAUAGAAAAGGGUACAAUUUUGUGAGAGAACUUCAUGAUCGAUGUUCUAGUUAUUUUUAUGGAUCUUGGAAUUGCAAUGAAGAGUAAGGUAAAUGAGAUAACACUUGGAAUUAUCACUAAACAAGAAACGAAAUUAAAUAUUCAUUCAAUUUAUAAAACUAAUACUAUUUUCAAAAAAAUUAUAUGUAUUUUAUAUUUUUCUUACUAAAUCUAUUAGUUUUCUUGUUGUUUUUGAUUAGUAAUUAUUUGCGUUGUCUGUUCAAAUUUGUUCAUUAUUAUCUUUUAUUUGUUGUCGAUAUUCUACUAGAUAUAGAUGUAUACUUUGUUUAGAAGAAAUACGUACAGUUUCCAUUGUAGACUAAAGUUUUCAAUUGUAUAGUGUACCUUACAUGUAGUGAUUCUCCCAUAUUGUAACGCACAGAAUAUUUUAGUAGUCAAAUACGCUUUUAUAAAUGGUCUUCUCACCCAAUUACGUAACUUUCAUGAGUAAGGAUCCAUAUUUAAGGAGUAAUCCAUGUAGUGGAAUUUUUUGCAUUUUUGUAAUCAUAUUAGAAUAUCAAAUUGGAAAAAUAUUCCAGUGUUAUAUCAAAAUAUUUUUUCAAAAAUGUUCAUUAACGUUAUUAUCAUAUAUGUUAGUCCUUCAUCAUCUAUACAUCCAGACUUAUGGAAUUAUUUACAAGACUAAGAACAAGCUACUUAUCCAAUUUUCAUGAAACUUUUGCCAUUUUUCAUCACAAUCUAACAGUAACGCGAUAUUAGUUUUAGUUGAAAUUUAUUUCAUAUCUAUGAACCAUGAUGGAUGAAAAUGAAGACAGACGUAUUUAUUUCAAUUUUUAAUUUUAAAGAGAAGUCAACAUUUUUCUAAAAAUUGUUACGUAUUUAAAAGAUCUGAUGCUAUUUCUAAAGAUCUAAAAAUAUUUUUCCAUAUCAAUAUCAUGCAUUAUUUUUAUUGUAUAAAAAUGUGGAGAUAACUCAUAUUUGAAUAAACGUAAAUAAUUGAGUAAACAAUAUGAAUGCUGUGUUUCGUUAUAGAUUAUCCAUUAUCUGAAUUUAUAAACAAAUAAUGCUGGGUGAUUUUCAAUGAAAUGUGAAAGAGGCUCAAAAAUUUAUAAUUCAAUAAAUUAUACAUUUUUGAAACGAC